UCCCAUUAAAAACCAUUUUCAAUUAUGACCCAAUUUUUGUUAUUCACAAUGAGGAGGCGCGCCCUUAAAUUGAUCUCUCCAUCGAAUAUGCACUAUCCCCGCCUUCAAUAUUUGGAUAUACCAUACCAUCAAAAACCAUUAUCAAGUAUUGCCCAAUCUCUGCUAUUCACAUUGAAGAAGCAUACCCCUGGAUUGGUAACUCCAUCCAAUAUACACAAUCAAAAACCAUUUUCAAUUAUGGCCCAAUCUCUCAUAUUCCCAGUCAAGAAGCGUGCUCCUGAAUUAGUUACUCCAUCGAAACCAACACCUCAUGAAGUAAAAUUACUAUCCGACAUCGAUGACCAGGAUCUGUUACGUUUACAUGUUCCACUGAUACAGUUUUAUAACUAUGAUCCAAAUAUGAAAGGAAAAGACCCUGUUGAUGUCAUUAGAAAAGCACUUGCAGAAACGCUUGUGUUUUAUUAUCCAUUUGCAGGUAGGUUGAGAGAAGGUCCUAGUAGAAAACUUAUGGUGGAUUGUAAUGAAGAAGGCGUAUUGUUCAUUGAAGCUGAUGCUGAUGUUAGUCUUAAAGAUUUCAGUGAUAAUCUUCUUCCUCCAUUUUCUUUUUUGGAUGAGGUUCUUUAUGAUGUUCCUGGUUCUUCAAACAUGCUUAACGCUCCAUUGCUGCUUAUUCAGGUAACACGCCUCAAGUGCGGUGGUUUCAUAUUUGCUAUUCGUUUGAACCACACUAUGAGUGAUGCAUUUGGUAUAGUUCAAUUCAUGAAUGCCUUAGCAGAAAUAUGUCGUGGAAUGAAUGAACCUUCAAUCUCACCGGUGUGGUGCAGAGAACUUCUAAGCGCAAGGAACCCACCAAGAGUGACGUGUUAUCAUCCCGAACUCGAACAAGCACAUGAUAACAAAGGAACCGUUAUAUCCUUAGACAACAUGGUGCCACGAUCUUUCUUCUUUGGUCCCAACGAGGUAGCCACAAUUCGCUCUCUCCUUCCAACCAAGCUACGACCAGAAUACUCCAAAUAUGAAAUCAUCACUGCUUUCAUUUGGCGUUGUCGUACAAUAGCGUUACAACUAGAUUCAAAUGAACGCGUUCGAUUGAAUAUCGUAGUGAAUGGACGUGGCAAAUCUGUAAACCUAGAAUUACCAAAUGGUUACUAUGGUAAUGUUGUUGCAAAUCCUGCUAUUAUUACAACAGCAGGCAAAAUUGUUGACAACACGUUGGGGUAUAUGUAUGUAUUGAAUUUAGUUAAGAAUGCAAAAAAUAAAGUCACCAAAGAAUAUAUGCAUUCAUUGGCAGAUUUAAUUGUAAUCAAGGGUCGACCUCUGUUUACUCCUACGGAGUUUAUGCUUCUAGUGUCUGAUAUUAGACAUUUGGGAUUUAAAGAUAUUGAUUUUGGUUGGGGAAAAGCUGUUUAUGGAGGCCCAGCUAUCGAUUCUCCUCUUCAUGGUACUGCUUGCCUUUAUAUACCUUUUACAAAUGCUAAAGGAGAGGAAGGCUUCACGGUACCACUUUGUUUGCCAGCACAAGCCAUGGAGAGAUUUGAAAAAGAACUCGAUAGUGUGCUUAAGGGAAACAGUAAACAAUCUGCUGACAGUGAUCUUUAACUAUUGUUUGCCACCACAAGCCAUGGAGAGAUUUGUAAAAUUAAUCUGGUAUCAUUAAAUCUUGGUUGUAGUCUUUAACUAUUGUUGUUUUCAGUUUUUCCUUGUACUAAAUCUUAAGAAUUUACUAUGUGUUUGCGUGAGAAAACUCAUCAAUCAUUUGUCUUUGAGAUAUAUUCUGUCUUCUAGAUCAAUGAAUAUACUUU